AUGGAUGGCAGCACUGGACGCGUAGCAAUGUUGUGGCCGCAUCACAUAGUGGCUGCUUCUAUGUGUGUAGCACCACUGCAUGCAGUCGCUGCGCGCAGCGCUGCAUUGAAUCGCCACGAUGCUGCACAGGCGAUUGACUAUCUUGUAAUGGAAAUAGAAGUGUAUUCUGGGUUGACUGAGGAGGAAGGCUGCUCCACCCCAAAACAAAUUGGAUAUCGUAUUCCGGUGAGGGCUCAGCCGCCACCGCCGCCUAGAAAGAAGCCGUAUUAUGUGUGUGGAGAGAAGAGGGGGACUCCCAAGAAUGGGUACUUUCACCCACCUGAUCUUGACCAUAUCUUUGCAAUGAAUCCAACGCAUAAAGCUUAG